AGUAUAAUUUUAAAUUUUAAAUUUCAUUUUUAUAAUAUUUAUUGUGAUAUUAAUAAAAUACAUGCAAACAAAUAUAUGAAAUUUUUGUGUUAAUUAAAUUUCUUUUAAAAAGAAACAAAAUGAAUUUUAAUUAUAAAUUAUUGAAUAUUAUAUUACUAUUAAAAUUUUGUGCAGUCAUUGUAGUUUGUGAAAAAAGCGAUGUAAUUGAAAAUGAUUUAAAUUCAAAUUCAAGUAUCAUAGUAGUACGAGAUCUCAAAGGAAAUUUUAUUGAAAAGAAUAGAUACACAUACAUAUUCAAUGGUUUACAAAAAUAUGAAUCAGUUCCAGUUAGAUUUCCAAAAGAUAUUUGCUUAAUGAAAAUUCAUAAUGUAACAUACGCGGCAAGUUUAUAUUCAGAUGGCGAAGGUGGUAUAUAUUUUGUUGUAUUUAAAUACAAAGAUCAUAAAUUUCAACAAAUUUAUCACCAGUCAACACCAUUAGCUAUUUCAAUGGACUGCAAAGAAUUCAAUUCUAAGGGAUACAUAGCAGUGGCAUAUAAUUUAACAUCUAGACCAGAAAUUUUAAAAAAUGGUUCACCUGUCUUUGAAAUGGAAAAUGAUAAAAUUGAAAUUAUACAAUAUUUUGCUGAGCCACAUUUAACUUCUGUUCAAUUUAACAUUCGAGGAAAUUCUUUAUUUUUAUUUAAGACUCAUGGAAUUGAAGCCGGUUCAGAAAUGAAAUCAAACUGUCCCAUUUAUAAACUUGAUGAUACACAUUUUGAUUUAAUUAAUCGUAUACCAUGUAAAAAUUCAAGACGUGUUGCAAUAUUUACAAUAAAUUCAAAACUUUUUAUUGCUAUUGCUAAUUAUGCUGAUGAAUAUAAUCGAACAGAUACAGAAUCACAUAUAUAUAAGUAUGAUAUUGAAGAAAAUUCAUUUAAAUUAUUUCAAAAAAUCGAAACAUUUGCCGUUGUUGAUGUAGAUUAUUUUCACGUUCAUAAAAAUGAUGAAGAACAACAUUUUCUAGUAUUUGCAAAUUCAAAGCAAAAAGGAACUACAACGGAAGAAGAUAGCUCUGAAGCAUAUUCAGUAAUUUAUAAAUAUGAAAAUGAUAAUUUUAUACCAUUUCAAAAACUACUUCUAUAUGAAGUUCAACAGUUUUUACAAGUACAAAGUGGAUAUGGUGAAUUUAUGUUAUUGGUGGCAUGUGAUGACCAAGAUAUUAAAUUGUUCCAAUAUGAUGGCUGGAAAUUUGAAGAGUCAGCUGUUCAAUUAACUGAAGGGGCCUUAGGCAAAGGAAUAUCAAAUAUGAGAUAUUUUGAUGAUUUAAAUGAAACAUAUAUAAUAAUUGCAAAUGAAAAUAUGUUACUUAAUGAGCCAAACAUUUUCAUACCAAUUUAUAAGAAGCAAGAAAACGCAUCUGAUAUCAAAGAUGACAUAUUGAAUUGGAGUAAACAAAUAUAUGAAAAUCAUUCAAAAAUUAAUAUAAAUAAAUUAAAGGAAAAGUUACAGUCGAUGAGAGUUCCGACAGAAAUAGUUUUUGAUGAUUCAACUUAUAUAAAAUUUAAGAAGGCGAGAAUUGAAAAGGCAUUUGUAAAUAAGAUAAUUUAUUCAAAAAAGAAUUUCACACAAAAUUUUUGGAAUAAUAUAACGAAAGCUAAACAACUUUUAGAAAAUAUAAAAUUAAGAACAUUAAAAUUAAUUAGAAAAAGUAAUUUGAACAAUUCUAAAAAUACAACUGACACAGAAAAGAUUUCCACUGCAAAGGAUAAAAAUGAUAAUAUUGCAUUGGAAUCACAACAUAAUUUCAAAAAUCAAUCGGAACUCGAAAAUCUCUCAAUAAAAAAUUUAAUUGUAAAAUCCAAUAUAAAAAUAAAUAACAUAAACGGUAUUUCAAUUAAAAAAGGAUUAAUAAAAAUUAAACAAAUAAAUGCUAAAAAAAUUUCAAUUAAUCAUUCUCCGCCAUCAGAAAGGAAAGUUAGACAAAUCGAACAAAUAACACAGAACGAAAGUUUAAAAGAGGAGUACGUUAAUCUUGUUGUUAACAAACUAAAUAUUACAAAUCAUGUAAACGAAAUUAACUUAAAUUUAUUAUACGAUAAUUUAUUAAAAAAAGUUGGUGAUCAAACGAUAUCAUCAUCAGUAACUAUAAGAAAUCUCACAGCGAAUAGUGUAGCGUCAACAAAUAGAUUAAUAAAUGAUUGGAAUACCUCAAAAUUAGUUCUUACAAAUAAAGGUAGAGACUUUGUUGUUAAUCAAGAUAUACAAUUUACAGCACCAUUGAAAGCAAACAAUGUCAAUAUUAAAAAUCGUAUUAAUAACAUUCAUAUAGUUAAUGAUAAACUUGAUGUUCUUUUGUUAAACUCUAAUGAAACACAAAAAAUUACUGGUGUUAAAACAUUUAAUGAAAUCGAUUUAUUAGAACCUAUUCAUAUUGGGGGUAAAAUUAUAGGCUCACAAGUUAGCAAAGUAUCACCCCUUAAUCCAAUUCAUGGAGAUUUCACUAUUGAAGGAGAUUACACAAUUUUUGGAGAUGUGACUAUAGAAAAACAACUUUCUACAAAAAAUAUAUUUGGUAUUACGUCCAAAAACACAGUUGAUACUGCACUAAAUCAAGGCUUAAAGUUGAAUGAAGCUGAAAUACCAUUCAGAAUUAAUUUCCCAAAUAAGAUAACAACAAAUAAUUUAAAUAUAAGUAUAAUUAAUAAUGUAAAUGCACAAAAUUUCGUAAAAAUUGAAUUUGAAAAUGUGCAAAGAAUAGAAGCACUAAAAAUUUUUGUCGGAAACCUAAAUAUUGAAGGAAAUUCCAAUAUAACGAAUAUCAAUCAAAUAAAUUUGCAAACCUUUGAAAACGGUUUGCUUAAAAUUUCGGAGGAUCAAAAUAUUACAAAAAGUGUUCAUAUAAAUAAACUAAUAAUACCAAGUAUAAACUCAAAUAAGAUAAACUUUGGCACAACAAAUUUAUCAAAUAUUUUAAAUAAAGCAAAUGUGCAGCAUAUUUUGGGAAAAAUAACAAUUCAGAAUUUGCUAGUCAAAAACAUCUCAAUAGAAAAUCUAGCCUCGAAUAGGACCAUUUUUGGAGAGCAAAUUAAUACAUUUCAAAUUGAAAAAAUGCAGAGAGAAAAAAUAGCAAAUUCAUUAAAUUUAUCAAAAGUUGAAUUAUUCGAUAACAUUAAAAUAAAAAAUUUAGAGCUUAAAAAAUCUUUAAACCAACUCUCAAUCAAUAUUAUUGAAGCUUUAGUGAAAAAACUAGAUGAAAAAAUUUCAUUGAUCGGGCCUAUUGAUUUUGGAAACGACAUGGAAAUAUUAAAACUUCAAUUUAACGGUAAACUUAAUGGAAUUCCUGAAAAAGAAUUUGGAAGAACCUGGUUAAUUAGAAGUUCAUCACAGAACUUUACUGCCGCACAACAUCUCAAAAAUACUCAAACACCAAAUGCUAACAUUCUCGGAACUAUAAACAAUAUUCCUAUAACAAAUUUUUACAAUAAUACAUACUGGUUAAACCGAAACGAAAUCAUUGAUGAACUUAAUUUUAACUCAACAGUAAUAGGAAACAAAAUUUAUAUAAAAAAUUUCAAUCAGGAAAAAUUUCCAGACGAUUUUCUGAUAGCUAAUGCUUCAAGUUUUCAAAAAAUUAACGAUAUUUUAUCAGCCGAUAAUAUUUUUGUAAAAGGAAUUUUAAAUUUAAUGAUCGUCAAUAAUUUAAAUUUUAAAGAUUUUGAAAACUAUAUGAAAGAAAAGAUAAAUAAGGUUGCAGUUCAUCAUGUUUCAUUUGAUAAGAUGCCUAUUAUUAAAAAUUUCAACGGUAAAAACAUAAAAAACCUAAUGGAACAAAUUUGGUUAAAAAAUACUGAUAUUUCAACAAUAUCUAAAAGAAUUACAUUCACAAAUGCGAAAACUAAAGUUCCAUUAGAUUUAAAGAAUUAUUUAAAUAAUGUGAAUAUAUCAUAUGUUAAAGAACACUAUAUCAAUACCAACGAACUGCAAAGAAUAUCUGGUAAUAUAAAAUUUUUAAAUUACGUUUCUUUUGAAAAUGAACUAAAAGCAUCGCAUAUGGAUCUAAAUGGUAAUAUCACAACCUCAUAUUACGAUAGUGAAAUUUCAUUCAACUUAAAUCAAUUCUCUAAGAAUAUAUUAAAACUUAAUGACGAACAAGCUGUAUUUGGCCAGUGGAAUGCUCAUCAAGUGUAUGUUGAAGGAGAUUUAAAUGAUGUUUCAUUAAAUGGGCUACAUUUAUAUGAUGAUGUUAUGAGGUACGACACAAUGAAAUUAAAUAUGACUGGAAAAAAAUAUUUCGAAAGUUUAAAAAUUGAAAAAAUUUACACCGAUGGUGAUGGAGCAAUCAAUAGUGUCAAUAUUUCUAACUGGAUUCAUAAUUCUGUUUUUAUAUAUGAUAAUUUUACCAUUUAUGGUCAAACAACAAUUGAUAAAUCAAUAAUAUAUAAUAAUAUUAAUGUUAUUGGUUUAGUAAAUGGUAUAAAAUUUACGAAAGAAGCACUUUUAUUAAAGUCGAAUGAUCAAAAUAUCAAAGAAACUAAUUUGAAAAUUAUUACAAAAAAUUUUAAUAAACAAGAGAUUUUAUCAAAUACUAUAAAACAUUUAACAACUAAAAAUAUAAAUGGGCGUAACGUUGAAAAAUUAUUAAAAAAUAUUAAUCAGAAUAUAAAUAAUAUAACAAUUAAAAGCGGCGAUUUAGUAUUUGAAAACAUUUUGAAUAUAGAAAAUUUCAAUAGUAACGAUUAUUUCUUUGAUUUAAAUACAAAAGAAUAUUUUAAUCAGUUAACAAAAAAAAACUUAGAAGCAAAGGCAGAAAUAAUUUUUGAUAAUUUAAAUAAUAAAAUUGAGAUAAUCAAAGCCAAUUACGAAGAUUUAACUUAUUAUUUGAAAACAUUUGGAAAUGUACAAACUAUUUAUGGAAAUGUGAAAAAAAUAGUCUCGUGGACAGCUUUGAUUGGAUCUGAGCUUCAUGAUUAUAUCGUUCUUUUGAAUGGUCAUAAAAGUAAAUCCCAAUUAUCAUUUUACACUUGGAACAUAAAACAAAAGUUGUUCGUUAAAGAUUCUAAACUUUCUUGGAAUGCAUUCCCAGAUUAUUAUACCGUUACUAACAUCGAUAAAAUCUUGUUAAAUGGACAGGAUUAUUUGGUUAUUGAAACCCAUUUUGAGCAUAAAUUUUAUCAGAACAUUAUAUCACUUAAUGAAAAUGGAUUGGUUCAAAAAUAUGAGCUCUAUAAUAAUUCCAGCUGGAAAUAUCUGCAGAAUAAUUAUUACGAUGUUGAUACUAUUAUAAACUGUUUUUAUACUUAUUCACGAGAUGAUUCUAUUAUAUCAGAGUUAUGCUUGAUUGAUAAUUCAUUUGUAACAACUUGGAGCUUUCAUUUACCAUUUGUAACGCAGGUUGUUCACAUAUCAAAAACAAUUUUCGCAACACUCAAAGCAGACACAAUAGAAAUACGAGAUUAUUCAAGAGCGGAUAUUAUACAUCAACGUAUAUCAGUCGUAAAUCCAACUCAUAUUAAUGUUAUUCAUUACAAAAAUAGUAUUUAUUUGGCAAUAGUUUGUUCAAAACGGUUAACAUCCAUUUAUUCAAGCUCGGUAGAAAUAUACAGAUCCUCGGAUUCAGUACAUCUACAUUUCGAAAGAUUGCAAUCAAUUCAGCUAACAAAUCCACUCAUAGCCAAAUUCCAAAAAACUCUUAAGUCUGAUGAUUUAUUUUUACAUGUUGUAACUGAUGAUUUUGCAAUUCCAUUAGCAGUUUAUCAUUACAAAGGAGUUAUAGGCUUUCAGCAAAUCAUUGAAAAAUCUACAUUACCGAAAAGUCACGGAAUUCAAACUUUUGAGUUUAAAGGAAAUCAAAAGUUUAUGAUCGCCAUGGAAUAUGGUAAAGGGGUUAAAAUAGUUGAAUUGAUUUUUGCUACUUCAUAGUUAAAUUGAAAUUUUCAAAAUUAUAUUAAUGUACAACAAAUAUAAAAUGUAUAAAUUAAAAAAGCGCAUUUUUUGUUUUA